GUCGGCCUCUGCAACCUCCACGUGGUGCCGCCUGGGAACCUGACCUUUAACGUGGUCAGAGCUAGUGCAGAGACGCAAUGCCUUUGGUCACCUCGUCGAGCGGCAAAAAAAAGGAGUUGAACCUCCCAGCCGACCAACACACGUGAAUCAGACGAAAUGGCACCUCGCCGUCACCAACUUUCCCAGCCUCGUAAGGCCACCAAGGCUGGCAAGAAGAGGCGCCAGAAACACAAAACUGCCCUCAAGAAAUUGCUGGCGGAGACCAAAGAGACUCUCCAGAAAAAAAUUGAGGCCUCGGACCGCCAGAUGAAUACCACAUCGGCGGAGAUUCUGGUCCUCAAAAGGAAACUCGGGGAGCAGCGCCGCGCCCACGAGGAACUCGUCAAGAAGCAUGAGACGGCUGAGACAGAGGCCGAGCUCAUGGCUCGGCUAGCCUCCGUCGAGCAUGACGACGACGAUGAUGGCCCCAAGGCUGCGGCAGCUGCCUCGAAGCACAAGAAAAGGAGGGACAACAAAAGAUUCCGGUUUGGGCAGUUCAAUAGACUCUAUCGCAGAAGAGACCGUCAACAAGAGAAUGAUGUACAAGUUCGGAAUUCUACAUCUGCACCCGCCAUUGAAGUUGAAUAG